ACACAGAAAUUGAAGGCUGCCCGCAAAGCAAGCUGAACCAGGCUCACUCUCCAGUUUCCUGCUUAACAACCAGGAGGCCAUUUUGUUACUUUCAUCUGCUCUUCUCUUGCUACUCUGUGUGAAGCCCAGGUUGGUCCCUGGCUCUCCCACACACCCUGAACUCUUGCCCAGGGUUUAGGGAUGAAUGUGUCAGCCAGUCUCAGCCUGUCUUCUGCAGCCCCUUCCUUACCUAGCCCUAUCUUCUUCCCUACUGGACCCUCCCUGACUGGCUCUGUGAUGGGGCCACACGGGGGGAGCGUUGGUUCCGGGUGUUUGGGUGCUGAUUUUGGGGCAGGGUCAGGUGGGCUCAUGUCCCCCUCUAUCUCCACACCUGCUGGGGUGUCUUUCAUCAUUCAAAUCGGACUCACCAGGGAAUCAGUACUGUUGCCUUUAUCAGCGGACCUGGCUCAUGUCAAACAGCUGGCCUGUUCUAUUGUGGACCAAAAGUUUCCUGAAUGUGGCUUCUAUGGGAUUUACGAUAAGAUCCUGCUGUUCAAACAUGACCCCGGAACCAACAACAUUCUCCAGCUGGUCAAAACUGUGUCGGACAUCCACGAAGGAGACCUGGUUGAGGUGGUGCUGUCCGCUGCUGCCACGUUUGAGGACUUCCAGAUUCGCCCGCACGCGCUCAAUGUGCACUCGUACCGCUCGCCGGCGUUCUGCGAUCACUGCGGGGAGAUGCUGUUCGGACUGGUGCGGCAGGGACUCAAGUGUGACGGCUGUGGGCUGAACUACCACAAGCGCUGCGCUUUCAGCAUCCCCAACAACUGUAGCGGAGCACGCAAGAGACGUCUGUCCAGCACGUCCCUGACCAGCACUCCAUCCCUGCGUCUGUCCACUACUGAGUCCAUCACGCCCAUUAGCGCUGUAGAGGACACCAUGCCUCGGACCCCCAGUGAGGCGAGCAACCCAGCCCGUCGGUUCUACUCCGGACGUCCCAUCCAGCUGGAUAAAAUGCUCUUAUCCAAAGUGAAGGUCCCGCACACCUUUGUCAUGCACUCUUACAAGCGGCCCACUGUCUGUCAGUUCUGCAAGAAGCUCCUCAAGGGUUUGUUCAGGCAAGGCUUGCAAUGCAAGGACUGCAAGUUCAACUGCCACAAGCGCUGUGCUUUGAAGGUGCCAAAUGACUGCUUGGGGGAGCCUUUAAUAAACGGGGAUCUGCUGAGCCCCAGCGUGGAUGCCGAGAUGCCAAUGGAUUUUUCCAGCGAGUACAGCGACGGAGACAAGGCCUCUUUCAUGGACGACUCGGACGAUUCCGGAAUCAUCCCUGGAUCUCACUCUGAGAACAACUUCCCAGAGGACAAUCCCAACAGAACCAGUGGAGCAGAGAGCUCCAUGGGUUACAUUCCUCUGAUGAGGGUGGUGCAGUCAAUCCGGCAGACCACACGCAAGUCCAGCACCACCAUCAAAGAAGGCUGGAUGGUGCAUUACAACAACAAGGACACGCUGCGGAAGCAUCACUACUGGAGGCUAAAUUGCAAAUGGAUCACCUUGUUUCAGAAUGACACGACCAGCAAGUAUUACAAGGAAAUCCCGCUAUCAGAGAUCCUAUCUGUUGAGGCGGCCCAGAAUUUCAGUCUGGUCCCCCCCGGAACCAGUCCCCACUGCUUCGAGAUCGUUACUGGCAACAUGCGCUACUUCGUCGGGGAAGAGCCUGCCAUCAGCCCGGGCUCCCCCCAUAGCAUCGUGCCUAACAGCGGAGUGGGCAGGGAGGUAGCCAAAGCCUGGGAGAAUGUCAUUCGCCAGGCCCUCAUGCCAGUCAUCUUCCAGGACGCACCCACUCCGCAAGGACACACCCCUCACAGACAAGCCUCAGUCAGUAUAUCUGUGUCCAACAGCCAAAUUCAGGAGAAUGUGGAUAUUGGGACGGUCUACCAGAUCUUUGCGGAUGAGGUGCUGGGCUCAGGCCAGUUUGGAGUGGUGUACGGAGGGAAACAUCGGAAAACCGGGAGGGACGUGGCUGUGAAGGUUAUCGACAAACUGAGAUUCCCGACGAAACAGGAGAGCCAGCUUAGGAACGAAGUGGCCAUCUUACAGAGCCUGCACCAUCCUGGCAUCGUGAACCUGGAGUGCAUGUUUGAGACUCCGGAGAAGGUCUUCGUUGUCAUGGAGAGGCUCCACGGCGACAUGCUGGAGAUGAUCCUGUCCAGUGAGAGAGGACGGCUUCCUGAGAGACUUACCAAGUUCCUCAUUACACAGAUUCUAGCAGCGCUGAGAAACCUCCACUUUAAGAACAUUGUGCACUGUGACCUCAAGCCAGAAAACGUCCUGCUGGCUUCGGCUGACCCCUUUCCUCAGGUGAAGCUGUGUGAUUUUGGCUUCGCCCGGAUAAUUGGUGAGAAGUCGUUUCGGCGCUCUGUGGUGGGCACACCUGCAUACCUGGCCCCGGAGGUACUCCUGAACCAGGGGUACAACCGCUCCCUGGACAUGUGGUCUGUGGGGGUGAUCAUGUAUGUAAGCCUGAGCGGCACCUUCCCCUUCAAUGAGGACGAGGACAUCAACGACCAGAUCCACAACGCAGCCUUCAUGUACCCGCCCAACCCCUGGAAAACCAUCUCCCCCGAAGCUAUCGACCUGAUCAACAACCUGCUUCAGGUGAAGAUGAGAAAGCGCUACAGCGUAGACAAGUCGCUCAGCCACACCUGGUUGCAGGACUACCAGACAUGGCUAGACCUACGGGAGCUGGAGUGUAAGAUGGGUGGGCGUUACAUCACCCAUGAGAGCGACGAUAACCGCUGGCAGCAGUUUGCCCAGGACCAUACUCUCCCCUACCCAGCACACCUCGUCGUAGCCCAGCCAGCGUCCAGCGAGGACUCGGACGACAGCGAACUGCACGGCCUUACAGAGAGAGUCAGCAUUCUCUAAAUGCCACACCUCCAAAGAACACCCACAUGGGACUCCAGCAAAUGGAAAAACAGUAACCCUUUCCCUGCUCUCUAUCGCCUUCUGCAGACCUCGUACUGCAGGCAGGAGAGACACCCACACAUCUGUAUCUGGGACUGCAGCGGUUGUUUGACAGUUGUGCAGUUGUUGCACAAGCUGUUUUGAUAGAUAUGCAAUCGAACUUCUUUAGUCUGGGAAUCAGCUGUGCCGGCAACAGUGAGAUUGCAGUUGAUUUGUAUUGUGGCAAUGCACAGUAAAAAGGAUGUUGCACCCAACCUACUGCACAGCGAGUCUAAAGUUCAUUAUUAACACAUGCUUGCACAGGCUGGUAUGCAAUUCAAAUCGGAAGCCUUAAAAAGUGAUGAUCCCAGGAAAUACAGCAGCCUUUUAAAACUCCAUUCACUACAGUAAAAGCCCUCUCAAGCGUUGUCUGGAAAACGACAGUCCGCACCCUAUUAAACCUGCAAUACAACCUACCUGGUAACAAGCUUUUUACAAUAGUCUGGUAGUUGGAGCUGGAUCAAAUUUAUACUAGUGCAAUAGAAACCUGUUAUUUAUGAUAUUGUAUUGGGUUGCAAGGCUAUAGCUGUCUUAUCAUUAUAGUUGCAUUCUGUCCUAUAAUUGUUAGGAUUCUAGUUUUUUUUCUCAGCAAACACUGUAGCACUGGGGUGAAGGCAUGAGCAGAAACGUUGGUCUGCUUGGCUUUUAAGUUUAAGCUCAGACCUGGUAAACCCUUCCUCCACAGCAUGGCUUUGGACAAUGCAGAAUGGCUGGGGUUGGGUGCUUUGUUGCCUAUCUUUACCCCACUCAGCAGACCCCUUGCUUAGUUAUAUCUUGAGAUCCAUUUAUCUAUAUGUAUUUUUAAACAUAACGCAGAUAUUAAAAUGAAAUCACGAAAGCACCCUAACCAGUACCUUAAAGCAAUAUGUCCACAUGGCAGCCAUAGCUUAAUAUGACGUGGCCAUAUCCAUUCAUUUACAACCAAUGCAGUAUGACAAAGAUGUGUUCUACAUUUUACCCCCACAUAUAAGGUUCUGUAAUAGCUAAGACUGGCACCACAUUCAACCACACCAAACUUAAGCUUAAAGGGACAACAUUGUCUUUAAUAUUUUAAUAAUAUACCUGAUUAAUAUUGUAAGUAUUCUGUAUCAUUCUCUAAUGUUGUUUUCAUUAUUUACCAGGCUUACUGGCUCUUUAAGUUUCUGAAAAGACUCUGAAAAUGAUUUUUUUUUUUUUUUUCCUGAAGUGAGGAUGGGAAGCAUUUUAGUGUUGCACAGGCAGGUCCCAGUGCUUCACUGUGCAACACUAAUAUACUUCCCCACUCCCUUCAGAAAAUCACCCUCCAGUAUGUUUUUGCUUCAAUAGUUGGUAAACCUGACAAAUAAUUGUCUAUGCAGAAAGGAUCUGCAUAAAAUAAAAGUAGAUUUCAUCAUCUCUAUUUUUUUGGUGUUUAUUUUAGAAGAAGGGUAUUUUAUAGAAGGGUCACAACAAACUAAUUUAGCCCACCUAAUGUAAGGGAAUUAAAAUUCAGUAUUUUUAAAUUGAUUGUACUUAACAAAACAAUUCCAUAAAUUGGACUCGUCAUAUGCAUCUAGGGUUGCCAUAUGACUCCAUGUUAACUAGGAGAGUUCAGGCUUGUGCCUGUCUGCUCAUCUGCAUAGCAACUGUAGUGAUCAGCGAAUCAAAUGGUUUGAGAAGCCAAGCUUGUACAUCCGCUGCUGAAUAUACAGCCCUGUGCACAUUUAUUAGAACACCUCAAGAGAUAUGCUAUAUCCUGUAUAUACCUACCUGCAUGAAAACCUCUGGCUGUGAGAAUUUCAAUUUACCGUAAAUAAAUGCUAGACCACAUUGUGCUUUAAUCAGGCAUCUUAAACAACUUCUGAAAAGUCUCCUGCAUUUUACCACGUGUGGCUCUGUGUUUUUUUCCCUUACUAUUUUAAAUGAAUUGCAUGCGUGACCAUUUAAAGUCAUCAAUUAAAUGAGACAAUCACUAAUUUGCUUAUUUUGACAAUUUUCCAAGAUUUUCAGUUCCAGUGUUUUGAUCUCAUCUGCACAAUAAAGCAAAACUACAGAAGCAAUGGGGUGUUCUAAUACAUUUGCACACUUGGGGAAUGUACACAAACUGGAUAGCUAUCAAGGUCCAGUUUUUGAUUACUUGUCGGAUCAACUGUGGAAGAUGAAGUCACCAAGGAGGAUUAUCAUAAAACUGAACAUGAUUGUGGAGUACUGUAGCUUAGAGAUUUAAUUCUGACAUAACCAGAUUUAAUGUCUCUUUUUCUGAGAAUUUCCUUCAUAAACAUUCUGUUUUAUGGCAGCAGCUGCAGAAAGUGUGAGAUUAUGUUUAGUGUGGGGAAAUUCUGAUUAUGUACAUUGCAUGUUAAAGGGGUAAUAGCUGAUCUAUUUUUUUUUUUCUAAUUAGCUUUUUGUACAUUUUACAUGCUUUGAUCAGAUGAGAAUAUGAAGAAAACAAUGCUUUGUUGUGACCUGCAAUAUAUACAGCCAAUGUUUCAUUUUUAAAUUAUGAUUGUGUUAUUAUAUACUGUGAUUUUAAUGGCUUCAGUGAAUUGGAAAAAAAAAAGUCCCAGUUUUUCACUCUGGAAAUCAGGUAACCCUACUCUAAAUAGAAGAGUUGUUUUUAGUAAGCCAAUGUUUCAUUAUAAGGAAUAAGCAUGCAUUAUUUCACAGCUCUAGUAAUGCUACAGAUGUUUAAAUACAUUUAUUCAAAAUAUUCUGUGCAUUUCAAUCUAAAAUUAAUCUUGGAUUUGGAUUUGUAUCCAAGUACAGGGCUCAUCUAGGAAGAAAGGGUUAUUUCAAGUUUCUUUCCCCAGAGAGGAAUACAGUGCUCCCUGUGUCAGCCUGAAUGCGGGAUCCUGUGGUUCACAAUGAGGCCAGGGGCAGGGCUGAGCCUGCAGCCCUUUCUGUUUUUUCUUUCUUUCAUUCAGUCAAGUUUUAAAAACUAUAAAAGGGAUUCAUAUAAUGUAUUUUAAAAUCUAAACUUAUUUUAACAAAAUAAACUGACUGUAGAGUUAUGUUUAA